GCCGCACGAAUCUCGGCGCGGGCCGCGCCUGCAUCUUCUCCCUCGUUAUCCACUGGGUCACUCGCUCGUCGCUCCCACGAAGCUGUCUGUCCCCCGACCACUCCGCCGCCCGCUCCAAUGGCGGCGCCGGCCAACUCCUCAUGCUUCCACCCCCGCGCGACCUUCAGCCCGCCGUCUUCUCUCAGCGUCGGAACCAAGGUCUUCGUCGGGCUCAGGGCGCAGACCAAGCUCGGUUCGUCGGAGUCGUCAUGCCCGAAUGUCAGCGCUGGGUUCUACACUGCCGUCAACCGGAGGAUCUCUCUAGGGUUGUCAAGCAAGAAGGCCACCAGAGCCCGCAUUUCGAUGAUGCCUAUUGGUACUCCGCGUGUGCCUUACAGAACACCUGGUGAAGGAACCUGGCAAUGGCUUGACAUAUGGAAUGCUCUGUACCGUGAGCGGAUUAUCUUCAUUGGGGACAAUAUAGAUGAAGAGUUCAGCAACCAAGUGUUGGCAAGCAUGCUGUAUCUAGACAGCAUUGAUAAUUCCAAAAAGAUAAUGCUGUACAUUAAUGGACCAGGAGGAGAUCUUACUCCAUGUAUGGCACUAUAUGAUACCAUGCUAAGUCUAAAAAGUCCUAUUGGUACGCACUGCUUGGGCUUUGCAUUCAACCUGGCAGGAUUUAUUCUUGCAGCUGGUGAAAAGGGUUCACGUACUGGUAUGCCUCUAUGCCGAAUUUCACUUCAGUCACCUGCUGGAGCAGCUCGAGGCCAGGCUGAUGAUAUAGAAAAUGAAGCAAAUGAGCUUAUUCGUAUCAAGAACUAUCUCUAUGGCAAGCUUGCAGAGCACACAGGUCAUUCUGUUGAGAAGAUCCAUGAGGACCUCUCUAGGGUGAAGCGCUUCGACGCUGAAGGGGCUCUCGAAUAUGGGAUUAUUGACCGUAUUAUCAGGCCUUCUAGGAUCAAGAAAGAGGGCUCCACUGCCCAAAGGAGGGAUAUGCGAAAUCUGGGACUUGGCUAAUAGAUGCUAUCCUAUUGUAUCAGUUUUUUGUGUGCUGGACUGCGCUACUCCAAACUUCAACUUGCAGUUUCAGACUCUAGGACUUAAAUAAUAGAUAACACGAUAAGCAGGAAGGCUGGAUGAAGUAGGGUGUAGCAGCUCUUCCUUCCAUUUCAUCAUAUGUAUCGAGAAAUGCAGAACAUCGGACUUGAUGGUGCGACGUGCGAGAAUGUCGUUGUUGGAGGGCAAUGUAACUGUUCGAAGUUCUACGCGUAGGUGUUUUGUUGGUGUGCAGUGUCUAGUACGCUUUUGCUAACUGUCAGUAUUAUAUUGCUGGUGUUUGUUGAUGAACACAGCAAAGAAAAAGACCGGAGGGCACUAGCCUCUAGGCGUCUCGUGCGCUACUUUUGUACCAUCAA